CAUUCCCCUCUCCUCUCGCCUCAUCACCAUCUGCAAAUUUCUGAGUCGCAGACUCGCAGGCAUUAUCAAAACACAACAGCAAACAAGCUCUGAAGUUCCAUGAUCAGGUCAGUUUCAAUCCAAUAAAGGGAAAAACUUUCUUCCCAAUUUGGUUUCUGGCUCACUUUAGAUUUUGCUCAUUCCACCUGCUUCAACUAUUAUUAUAAUUAUUAUUGUUCAAACACAAAUUUGAACCUUAAAACAGUUCUGAAUUUUUGCAAUGAAAAUUCCUGGUUUGAGCAAUUCCUCGAUUCUGGGUAAUUUUGCAAGAAAGAAACGCACUUUAAUUCCAAUUCCCCAUAGAACAAUCCCUGAACCAAUAGGUCAAGACCUCGAUUUUGUGAAUGUAGCACAUAGCCAUCUUAUACACUCUGAUUGGGAAAAAUUAGAGGGUUUAUCAAAUGGUCUGACCCCAUUUAGAUUUAAGCAUGUUUUGUUGAAAAUUAAGAAGGAUUAUGUUCUUUCAUAUGAAUUUUACAAGUGGGUUCACCUCAAAAACCCUACAUUACACAAUCUUGAAACUCAUUCCAUGAUUCUUCAUGUUUUGACCAAACACCGGAAAUUUAAGUCUUCUCAGUCAAUUAUCAAGGAUAUACUGAGUUCGCGGUCGAUUGAUUUGCCUUAUAAGCUGUUCGAGGCGAUUUUGUACUCUUAUCGGUUGUGUGAUUCGUCUCCUUGUGUGUUUGACGCAUUAUUUAAGACUCAUGCCCAUAUGAAGAAAUUUAGGAAUGCUACAGCUACCUUUUGUCUCAUGAAAGAUUAUGGGUUUCUACCUACAAUUGAGUCAUGUAAUGCAUAUAUGAGCUCCUUGCAUAGUUUGAAUAGGGAAGAUAUUGUGUUGGCUUUCUAUAGAGAAAUUCGGAAAUCCGGUAUUAUGCCAAAUGUUUAUACAAUGAACAUGGUUAUUUCUGCUCAUUCUAAACUGGGGAGUUUGGAAAAGGCCAUGGAGGUGUUUCAUGAUAUGGCAAGUAUGGGUAUCUUUCCUACAGUUGCAUCACAUAAUAUACUUAUUUCUGGGUAUUGCAAUAAGGGCCUCCUUACCUCUGCCGUGAAGCUAAAAGCAUUGAUGGAGAAGAACAGAUUAAAGCCAGAUAAUGUCACUUAUAACACCUUUAUCCAUGGAUUUUGCAAGCUAGGGAAGUUGCAUGAUGCAAACAAGGUUUUCAGCGAGAUGAAAGCUGUACGUGUGCCUCCUAAUACUGUAACUUACAAUUCUUUGAUAAAUGGAUAUAGCCAGUUUGGUAAUAGUGAGACGGGAUAUGAACUUUAUGAAGAGAUGCUGAAAAAUGGGGUGAAGGCUGAUAUUCUGACGUAUAAUGCUUUGAUUUUGGGAUUCUGCAAGGAUGGCAAGACUAAGAAAGCUGCCACUGUGGUUAAAGAACUUGACAAGCAGAAUUUUGUCCCAAACUCCUCAACUUUUUCCGCUCUAAUUUUAGGACAAUGCAUGAGAAAGAAUUCUGAACGUGCAUUUCAAUUGUACAGAAGUAUGAUUAGAAAUGGUUGUCAUCCAAACAGUAAUACAUAUGAGAUUUUGAUCUCUUCCUUCUGUCAGAAUCAGGAUUUUGAUGGAGCAAUUCAGGUUCUGAGGGAAAUGUUAGGGAGAAACAUGGUUCCAAAUCCAGCAAUCCUUUCGGAGUUGUGCAAUGGGCUUUGCCAUAAUGGAAAUGAAGAUUUGGCUGUAAGCUUGCGCAAUGAGGUGGAAGCUAGAUCAUGUCGUGGCUAAGGUCCGGAGAUGUCACACGAGUCUUUUUGAAGUCUGAAUAGCUUUGUCUGAUGAGCUAUAGUUUCCACUUUCCACUUUCCACUUUCCAGAUAUUUCCUCCUUUUAAGAUGCCAAAUCUCUUCUUCAGACAUGGAUGUGCUCAGCAGCACAGAUCACUUGCGGGAGCCAGCGGUACAUCCAGAUCCGCUUGACCACUGUCUGUCCUCACUUUGCAACAGCAGCAUAGGAGUGAGCUUAUAUGUAACGGAGGGCAGGAGGUUGGUUCAUGUUCUACAAUUUUGCUGACAAAACAGAGGAGUUAGGCCUCCACCAAUUCAUCUCAUGGGAUCUUCUCUGAGUAAUUCUUGGCUAAUAGAUCAGAUUUAAGAGCCCUCGAAUGAUGCAAAUGAGGCAUCACGUACAUCUUUGUACUCUGGAGAAACAACAUUGAUGCUUGGUGACCUAAUUGGACGACCUCAGAUUGGCACUCCAAAGUCUUUAUUGUUGAUCCAGAGAUAAUUUCAGAUUGGCACUCCAAAGUCCUUAUCGUUUAUCCAGAGGUGAGCAUCUGCCAGGACACCGCCAUCAGCUAUCCAGCUUCAUGUCAAUUCUUUUAGGCUGCAUGCAGGUAAUCACUUUCUGUAAUAGACUAGAAUUUGAGGAUGAAAGCUAAUAAGAGAAGAAGAUGAUGAUUUAGAUAGAUAAUCUCUGUUACGAAGGAGGUAGACUAUCCCUCCCUAGUCCCUACGACCCUACCUCAGGCCUAUCCCCCUCAUCCACUUUCCCCAUCUCUUCUUCUUCUUCUUCUUCUCCACAAACUUUCCUGAUGUCUUAUCACUCAAAGAUGUAAGGUCAGUGGCACCCCUAAAAGGUUGUAUCACAAAUUCAACUCCAUAAUCUAUACUAACUCCGUUUCGCAAUACAUACAUCAUUUCUCAUUUAGGCCCUGUUCAUCAAUCAACUUUGACAAUCUUUCUUUUACUAUUACGUAAGAAGAAAUAUAGUCAAGUGAAAUUUUGUUUAAUUAGUAUCAAUGCAGGAUUUCUAAUACAAUGUAUCAACCUUUUUAUAAUUAUUAAUUAUACGCAAUCAGAGAUUUUAAUGUCCAAAAAAGCAUAUUGGAAUACGUACAAAAAAAAGAUAUUGCAGGUAUUAUAGAACAGAGGUAAUAUUAGCAAACCCAUCUCCAAUGUUAAGACUGUUGCCGGUGGAUUUCCCUGUAAAACAUUAGAAUUAUUUUAUUAAUAAAUUUAACUCAAACUCCCUGAAAAUAUGUGUUUAUUUAAAAUGUUAAACACAUAUCGCUUCCAUAUUUAUAUUAAUACACUAGAUUAGAACAAUCUCGUUUAGCCGUCCUACCAUAGGUAAUGCUCAAUUUAUGAAAAAUGAAAGUGUGUACUUUUUGACCUUUAUCCCAUGUGGCUUAUUGCAUGUCACAAAAGUAGCAAUCAUAGCCAUCCGAUAAUCACUCAGGAUAAUAUGGAAAAGCCACAUUAGGAAACUUAUACCGAUAUUAUCAUUCUCCGUAUGGACUACUAGGACCAAAUAGAUUGCUGCCCGGCUGAGGAUAGAAUAUGGGGUUAAGGUGAUCAUCCAACUUUGUAUUGAAAACAAUUAGUUGUUCCGUAUUAAAGGCUCUUUUGUAGUGUGGAAGAUCUAGUUUGUUUUUUGGUUUUGGGAGUUCACGAAUACUUGCACACAAGUAAUGUUACUGGCCUCAAGGUGGUUCCGAGAAAAGCUUCUCCGAUGUCUAAGUAAAUACUAGGUUCGGAUCUAGAGAGAGUUCUCUAGAGAUACAUAUGUGUCGUGGACCGCAUAUAAGAGACGUAGAACCUUUAGAGGAGGAGCUGACUUAUGUUGUGCUUAGCCAAGUGGACUUUUAGGCAACAUAGAUAGUCAACUGGACACUCAAACAAUAACUUUUUAUAUGCAUUCAUUACAAAACACCAUAAACCAUACUCCAUACACAUUAGAGAUGAUCUAGUGAAUAAGGGAAAAAAGAACACGAUAAAAACGCUUAAAUUAGUUAGUUUUUAUUUCUUAUUUUUGAGGGGAAAUUGUUAUUAAUCAAUUUAUUGUGAGUGAAAUCCCAACCCAAAAAAAUAUUUAAUUUGGAUUUGUUUUACUUUGUAAUUAUUAUUUAUAAUAGUAAUCACUAUGUCAAAGUCUUUAAUUAAGACACAAAACAAGUUUAAUUACAAACUAGCGCUUAUCUUCAAUAUCACUACGUUACACAUGAUGAUAAUAUUAGAAAACAAAAACAAAAAACUCUCCCUAUGCAGUCACGCUCACACAUACAACAAUUAUAUGUCACUAUUAUAGUACGCCAAAGACUCUUUAAUUAACUUGUUCACACUCGACACAGAAGAAGACAACAUAAGGUCACAAGCUACUUGUUUACAAGAUAAUUAUUGUAAGUUUCCAACGUCCAAUAACGUAACCACCUUCAAAUGCAUGUCUAGCUAAUCCAAUCAUCAUGAGUUCACGGAGGCAGCAAAACUAUUCACCAAGGCCAGGGCGUUGCUAGUGUAUUCCUUCACCAUCACCACCUUCUCCAACACCGCGUCUUUCACCGGACACGCCGCCACGUCCUGGAACCCAUCCGUGCACGUGUCCUCAUUCGUUAGAGCCGCGCUCAUCCACGUCUGCACGUUACUCACUUGGAACAUUAUUACCGAUUUGGUGUUAUAUGAGUUCCCAAUUCCGGCAGCCGAAGCCAACUGGCUCAUUUCUCUGAGGGAAUCAUGCAUCUGUUUUACGGCGUCACCGAAGGUGGAGGUGCAGUCAUGAAGGGCGGAGGCUUCCCGAGGGUCGGGCCCAUAGUCGGCCCGUUGGGUCAUGUUGGUAAAGAAGGUGGUGGUGUGGCGAGCUCGGGCUAGUGUGACCCCGAUUGAGAUACGGGCUAGUUGGGCUGGGUCGAGGCGGAUGGCAUUGGCGUAGCCGGAUAGGGAGGUGUAGCAAAUGUCCGGGUAGAGGGUAGCAUUGCAACUCGAGCGAAUAAAGUCGAAAGGAGUGGUGGUAGGAAUGGAAAGUGUGUGGUGGAGAAACAAGCUAAAGGUGGUUAGGAGGAGAGGGAGUUGAGAGUGCAUGGUUGAGGACUGAGUAUGUAGUUGUGUUGUUUUUUUGAGAGAGUUUAAUUGUGUUUGUGGAGGGACAAGAAUGUUUGGAGUAAUUUUGGGGAUUAGAGAGAGCUAGAGCUUUUUAUGCAUUUGCAUAUUGUGAAUGUGAAUAUGUAUUGUCGUUCUUGUAUGUGGUGGGGAUCAAACUUUUUAUGUUGGUUAGAUGUUUCUUCUAUCUAUACGUAGUAUUAUAUUCUUGUGAUGAUUGAAAAUAAGCAUGUUUUGCCGA